AUGAAAAUCUACGAAAGGGUCAAAGAUGAUAUCCGCACUGAUGUCACCUGGAACCGAGUGCACUACUAUGGCAUUCGAGGGCUCCGUGCUGCCCCAGCGGCGGCAUUGCUGUACGUCAUGGAGAAAUUCCCCAUCAUUGGGUGGCUACCUCAAUAUGACUAUCGGUGGAUCGUGAAUGAUUUCGUGGCUGGCUUGACUCUGGCCCUCAUGCUUAUUCCCCAGAGUCUUGCCUACGCAAAGAUUGCCACUAUCCCCGUGCAAUACGGACUGAUGUCCAGCUGGCUCCCUGCGCUAAUUUACGCCUUCAUGGGAACCUCCAAGGAUCUUUCCACUGGUCCCACAUCACUGAUCGGUCUGCUCACUGCUGAUGUGGUCGAAGAUCUCACAAAAGAAGGUUACACCGAGCAGGCUGUCGCCUCAGCCGUCGCUCUCAUGAUGGGAGUGUAUGGCCUGCUUUUGGGAUUUUUGAAGCUCGGCUUCAUCCUAGAUUUCAUUUCCAUUCCUGUGCUUACUGGCUUCAUCUCCGCUGCGGCCAUCACCAUCGGCCUAGGCCAAAUUGCCAAUCUCAUUGGCGAACAAAACGUCGGGAGCGGCACAGCAACCAUCAUCCAUGAUGUCUUCACAAACCUUGGCACCUGCAACGGCCGAGCUGCAGCUAUUGGGCUUGCCGGGGUUGUCUUGUUGAUCUUCCUCCAGAAGAUUGGCGAAAAAUGGGGCUCCAAGAACAAAAUCAUCUGGUUCCUUUCCAUUACCCGUGCUUUCAUCGCCCUUCUCUUGUUCACUGGCAUCAGCUAUGCCGUCAACAAAGACCGUGACUCCAAGCACUUCCUGUUCGACGUCAGCAAAAUCCCCAAGAGCACCAUCGUUCGCCCAAAAAUGCCGGACACACAUCUCAUCAAUAAAGUCAUUGGUCGUAGUAUCGCUGCUUUCAUCGCAUCUGCAGUCGAACAUCUGGCCAUUGCUCGAGCUUUUGGAGCCAGGAACAAUUAUGUUACUGAUGCCAGCCAGGAACUUUGCUAUUACGGUAUCACCAACUUCUUCAACUCGUUCUUUAACGCCAUGGGCGUUGGCGGCGCCAUGUCCAGGACUGCAGUGAACUCUCAGUGUAAAGUCAGAUCACCUCUGUCUGGCUUCGUCACCACGGCAUUCGUCAUCCUGUCCAUUUAUAAGUUUACCGGUGCUCUUUACUGGAUUCCAAAAGCAACUCUUGCUGCAAUCAUUAUCACCGCAAUUUGGCCCCUUAUUGGCACGCCCAAGGUCUACUACCAAUUUUGGAAAACGUCGCUUGCCGACUUUAUCGCAGCCAUGGUCUCCUUUUGGGUCUCCCUCUUUGUCAGCACCGAAAUAGGGAUCGGUAGUGCCGUGGCUUGGAACGUGGUUUAUUGCCUCCUACGCCAGGUCUUCCUUCGCGUCACCCACGUGGGCGUGGAGUCUCGGUCGGAACUGACGGCUUCAUUGGAUGCAGAGCGAGGCAUGCCCUCGGACAUUCCCCCCGACACCCGGGUCUUCCGAUUCAAUGAGUCGUUCUUUUUCCCCAAUGCCCACCGGCUGAGGAAGACGAUUUUCGACCUUGUGCAAACUUACCAUGCGCCAGCGUACAGCAAUCUAAACGGCGCCGAGGCAGAUCGGACAUGGUCAGUCGAGGGAGAGCGACGAGUCGCGAGACUGCGGAAAAGGGCCAAGACAGCGGGCCAGAAUCUUCCACCAAUCUACGUGAUCGUGCUCGACUUUUCGAGGGUCAACUACAUCGAUACCACCGCCACCUCUGCACUCAAGGGUUUCUUCACCGAGGCUAUGAAAUAUGGCGGCGAGAGGCUCGAGAUCCGCUUCGCAAACAUCAGCGAACACAUCCGCUCUAGAUUCGAGCGUGCGGGUUGGACGUUAUUGGAGCCUAGCGCAUCAGUCGACGAAUCUGGGUCGGCGACCGUCAGGUCUUUCAGGACCGUGGCUGAUGCUGUCCGCGCGCCGCGGACAGCUGACGAGGUCUUUGAGGUCGUUGUCAAGGCGGACUCGGACGAGACUGUAAGCGCCAUGCAGAAUGAGAAGCAAGCAUAA